AUGGCCACAGUCGUGGUACAACAGCAGCAAGCGCUGCGAUCAUCCUCCGACAUCACUGCGUUCAACUUGAACAGAAACCCAACCCCUAUCCCCAACAAGCACUUACCAGUUUGCCCAACGGGUCCGUCUCCUGUUUCAAAUUCGCCAUCCCCAGAUGUACGAGAAAACAGCGAUGAGGAGCAGGUGUCGUCGUUGCUUUACCCCCCCAACGCAUACUUUCAGAUGUCCAGAUUCCCCCCGGUUUAUACUAUCGAUAUAGAAUCGCUGGCAGACGCAUUGGAUCAUUGGGCAUCGCAGCCGUUACCAGACCCCAGUCAGGUUUUCCCUUGGUUGCAUGGGCUCCAUCCAAGGAACCGUCUACAACUGGGAUUCUUCACCAACCGCAAGCGCUCCCUGCGACAAGCACCUAAAUGCUGGCGAGGCAUCACCAUUGUCAAGGUUGGAGGUGAUCUUGCGGCAUCUAGGCUCAAAGGUGCAGUGGCUCCGAGCGAGGUGCUGGCGCCGUCAGGCCUGGAGUUCGUGUUACCAGACCCCCAAGAAGGUUUCUCAGUGCGCAACUUCCAAAUCCAGACGGCAAAGCUGGCGGCGCUCUCGGAUAUAAUUGUCUACGGUGAUGAUGACGCUGACCAGAACGACGUCCUCGACAUUGCUGCGAGAGUCGCGACCGCACAACAUGACUGGAAAAUGAAGAACGACCCAAAACGACUGGCACCGGAGUUCAAUACCUUCAUCCUCACAAAACCUUACCUCUCUGCAGGCUCUUUUCGUGAAGUAGAAGAACGGUACCCCAGUUUAGUGGCCAUCGACUCUCGAGGCGAGAUUACGGGCCAAGUCAUGGAUUUCUUUUUAUGGGAAAGACUGGAGAUGUAUUCGAUGACCGAGGCAUCGGAGAUUUCGACAAAUGUUUGGCAAGGUCCAACCCCGGAAUACCUGCUGAAGUCCAAGCCCUGGGAGUCGGCGCGUGACGAAGGGUUUGACUUAUUGAUUGAAGCAAACGACCUAGCCAGUAUCCCACCGCCUCACGUUUUGAAUCAUCUUGAGAGAAAGCUUAAGAAUGGUCCCCAGCGGCUGGAAUUCCCGUCGUCCGGCUCGCUUAUGCCACCGUCCUCCGGCCCUGCUGAGCAAAGGGAGCUGGACAAUUUUGUGAAUACCGUCCGCUGGGUGCAUUAUCUAGCAAACGCGAACGGGUCGGCGGACGAGUCGGAUUCGGAAGGCGAUAUACCCAUGGUCACUUCAUCCAGAAAGCCCUACAAGAUCCUUAUUCACGGCCCCGAUGGGUAUACCGAGAGCUCAUUACUGGCACUCGCGUAUGUCAUCUAUGCGGAGGGAAUCACUGCGAAGGAUGCUUGGUUGAAGCUUCACACUGAGAAAAAACGCAACUUCUUUGCUUAUCCGAUUGAUGUCUCAUACCUCACCGGUAUCCAAGAGCGUCUGCUCAAGGAGAGCCCUGUGACACGUGCUCCUGAUCUGUCCUCUCUUUCGAAACCGUCUUGGUUUGACAAUUGUGAUGGAUCCUUCCCGAGUCGCGUUUUGCCGUAUAUGUACUUAGGCAGCUUAACACACGCCAAUAACCCAGAUAUGCUUUGGAAACUUGGCAUCCGGCGUGUGCUGAGUAUUGGCGAACCGUUGGCUUGGUCAGAAGGGGACUAUGCAAAAUUUGGAUCGGAGAAUCUCAUGAGCAUUACCGAAGUUCGGGAUAAUGGCAUUGAUCCUUUGACAAAGGAAUUUGAUCGGUGUUUGGAGUUUAUUCGUGAGUUCCCCUCUACUCACAAAGGAAAAGCCCGUUCUGACAGUUCUCUAGGGAGAGGAAAACGUGAUGGUGCGGCUACUUUGGUACAUUGCCGUGUUGGCGUUUCGAGAUCAGCGACUAUCUGUAUUGCCGAAGUUAUGGCAUCUCUUAAUCUUUCUUUUCCACGAGCAUACUGCUACGUUCGUGCCAGAAGGCUUAAUGUUAUUGUACAGCCGCACUUGCGAUUUGUGUAUGAACUGUUGAAAUGGGAAGAGCUGCAGCUACAGAAACGCGGCGAGCCCGUGAAGCGGGAACUUGAGUGGCAGAUAGUGGCUCGCGAGAUUGCCCUGAUGAACAUGCCUUAUACCCGGUAG